UUCAGGUUCACUGUAUUCAUUCUGACAAAAGAGGAAAUCAAGUUGGUGGUUAAUAUCAACAGUAACAGAUGACGACAGGAAGAGGGGAUGAGCAGUCAUACAUUUUAAGAAUAAAUGCGUUUUGACAAACUUCACAUCUAUAAUAAUGACAUAAAACCUUGUUGCACAUUAAUGUUCCACAACAAUAUGACAAAAUUUACUGUGACCUUUACAGGAACUUCUUUUAGAACGAGGUUGUCCUCAUUUGUUUCAUGUUGCUAAAACGUUGCUACUGUCCAGUAGCAACCAUUCAUUUAAGACAUCCAUUCUUCCGUUUAUCUUCUGUGCUGUUCAGUUCAUUUGACUGAUGCACCAUGAUAAAACAGGUUUGAGGGGAACUUGUAAUUGGCUGCCUAACUAGACUAGCCUAUGGCAAAAAAAAAAAAGUCCCCCAAAAUCUGAUAAGGCCUAUAAAAGACAGAGCAUCAGUCAGACACCAGAGGUCAUCCACAUCAAGAAGAACCACGAUGGAGCAUUGCUUUGUAUUCCUUUUGCUGGUUGCAGGUGUUGCAUCAAACACUAUUGAGAAGAGGAUUCUUGGGAGUGCAUCCUGUGGCAAGAAUCGGCAGUACCAUGUCCAGAUAGAGUCCGUUCAGGGCGGGAAGUCCUGUGGAGGCGCUCUGCUUAACACCCGCUGGGUCAUCACAGCUUCUCACUGUGCAGAGCAGACAGUCAAAUUGAAGCUCGGCAUAAACAAUGACGUGUCCAUUUUUACAAAAGCUGCCUCUUGGUUUAAAGGCAACUCCAAAAAACACGAACAAACUAUUCUAGCCAAACAGCAGCACACCUUCAAAGAUGAAGAAGGAAAAGCCCAUGACAUUAUGCUCAUCAAGCUGAAUGAGGACAUGUCAGCCAAACUUCCCACCAUCAGCCUCCCUUCAGGAGAAUGCACAAAGCUAGUGCAAAACACAGAAGUAGAGAUUGGAGGAAUGGGAGCAAAGGCAAAAGGCGGUAAACCGGUUGGUGAGGUAAGAUGUGCCUCCACAGUGAUCUCUGAGUGUGGAGAGAACGAUAAACCUGACAGUAAAUACAGCAGCGGUGAUUCUACAAUCUGUGCCUUCAAAUCUGGAGUGGAGUCCUGCUUUGGCGAUGCAGGCUCAGCUGUGGAGUACAAAGGACAUCUACGAGGAAUUGUUGUUAGCCAGCCUGUGGAUUCAUGUGCUAAUUCCAUUGUAAUGCUGGACAUCUGUCAGUACAUGCAGUGGAUUGGUAAAACAAUGAAGGAGAAUUGAUGAGUACGUUCCAGAUAUAUCUUAUUUAAUAAUUAAAAUGACUACCAUAUUUACUAUUUAUUUGUGCUUAUUAGUCAAACUAUAGCCUAUCAUCUUAGUGUGUAUAUUUAGAUGGGCUUUUCAAAUACUUCAAAAGCAUGACUUAAGACUAUAGUAAAAUACAGUACUUUUGUCCAGCCGCCCAUUUUACAAUCAUUCAUUUCCAUAAAUAAAAAAAUAGAACUAUCAAAACGUCUUGCAUUGUCUGCUGUGUGCUAUCUGUCUGCUAUCUGAACGUUCAAGGUCUCAUUUCCAUAACUGAAAAACCAUUAUCAUGUUCGAGUUUCACUUCCACUUUUCAAACUAGAGCAUCAAACUAUUUCUAAUAUCCAGUGUCACAUCAUACAAUUAAUUUCCCCACAUUUUUAAAUACUAGCUCAGCUCAACCUACCAUGGAGCAGAGCAGGAUGCCUUGUCUCAAGACCAACACUAUAAACAUGACCUACAGGUAACGGGGAAAAGGAAAGUACUUCCAACACAACACAACACCUGAGUGUUUGAGGUAU